AUGGAUAUGAUACUACUGAAAUACAUUUUUGAUUCACUGUGUAUAACGUUCAGCAAGAAAGAUGUAAAAGAAGACAGAAAAUUAGAAAAUACAGAAUAUGUUCUUUAUCAUAUAACAUUAGAAGAAUUAUAUGAAUGUCUUCAUAAGAAUAAACAUAUGCAUAUGGAUAUAUAUAUGAAAAAAAUAAUAUUAGAAAAUAUAUUUUUUUGUAAAGACAUACGUAUAUUUAAAAAAGAAUAUUAUAAUAAUAAUUCUUUAUCAUUUGAUGAAUAUAAUAAUGAUAGCAAUGUAAGAAUAUAUGAUGAUAAUGAUAAAAAUGAUAUUAUUAAUAAUAGUUGUGAUUAUUAUGUAUGUAUAAAUAAUAUAUAUAUUUAUAAUAAACAUAAUCUUUUUUAUUAUCAAAGAAUAAAAGAAUCCAAAGAAAAAAUCUUUCUUUUAUUAUAUAUUAUAUCUGGAAAGUAUAAUGGUUUAAUUCAAAGUUCUUUGUCAAAAUAUGUAAAUUUAGAUCCACGAAUUAUAUAUUAUCACUUACAAGAAUUAUUUCAAUAUUUAUUGGUUAAAAAAAUAAGUAUUAAUAUAAAUAAUGUGGAUUACCAUAUGGGUGACAACAAUGUAGGUGGUGUAAUGAACGAACAUGAAAAGAAGGAUUAUAAAUAUGAUAAUAUGGCAAGUAAUAAUAAUAAUACAAGUAAUAAUAAUAAUACAAGUAAUAAUUUCACAAGUAAUAAUAUUAAAAGUAAUAAUAAUAUCACAAAUGAUAUCCAUUUAUAUAAUAAUAAUAAUAAUAAUAGUUUGUAUCUUCAAAAUGAUCAUCAUAAUAUGAAUCGAACAAAUAAUAAUUCUAUAAAGUUAAACCCGUCUUAUAUUUUAUAUUAUAACAUUUUUUUUAUUUACAAUUUAUUACCUAUAUUUAUAAAAAAUUUGUUGUACUCACAAAAUGUGAUGUCUAUUAAUAAAAUUAUAUUAUUUCUUUUAAACAGAUUUAUUAUCAUUCCUCAAAAAAUAUUAUCUUUAAUAUUUUUUAAAUUACUUAUUGUAUAUAAUCCUUAUUAUUUUAUACAAGUUAGAAAAGCAUUACGUAUUUUUAAUUGUAUAUUGAAUUCAUUAAUUAAUAAUAAAAAAGUAAUUAUGUGUAAAAUUAAAAUACACUCUACGUAUGAAAAUUGUUAUUUAAGUUAUGAGAAUAAAAAUAAAAUAAAUUAUGAUAACAUAAUAAAUUUUUUGCUUAUGUUUUAUCAUAAUUAUGAUUAUAUUAUACAGUUUAUAAAUAAAUCUUGUUUUUUAAUGUGUGAAGAUUAUUCCACAGGUUUUCUAUUUAGAAGUGGAAAUAUGAAUACUUCGAAAUUAAUCAAUAAAUUGGAUACAUUAAAUAGAUAUAAUACAAAUGAAAUAAUUGAAAGUGUAAGUAAAAAGAAAAAAAGUAUUACUGUUACUUCUGAUUUUGAAGAUGUUCCAGAUGAUAUUUUAAAAGGAAAUUAUGAUGAGGAUGAAAAAAAUAGCAAAAAUUAUGAUAUACAUAUAAAUGAUAAUAUACAUAUAAAUGAUAAUAUACAUAUAAAUGAUAAUAUACAUAUAAAUGAUAAUAUACAUAUAAAUGAUAAUAUACAUAUAAAUGAUAAUAUACAUAUAAAUGAUAAUAUACAUAUAAAUGAUAAUAACAACCAAAAAAAAUAUUACAAUAAUAAUUGUGGUGAUGGUGAGAACAUAUUGUUGAACAAACAAAAUUGUAAUGUAAAAAUUAAAGAAUUUAAAAACUUUAUGGAUAUAAAUAUAAACCAAAAUAAUAGCAAUUCAGAUUAUUAUUCUAGUUCAUUAAAUGAAAAUGAAGAUUAUAUCGAAUCAGAUGUUUCUUUUAUUGAUGUGGAUAAUAAUGUGAAUGCAUAUGUGGCUUCACCACUUCAUAAGGGUAAAGAAAAAAAUAAUAAUAAAACAGAUACGUUGUGUUGUUCGUCAUCGUCAUUGGAUUAUAUCAAUGAGGAAAAAUAUAAUGAUAAUAAUAAUAAUAAUAAUAAAAUUAAAAAUAAUGAUGGUCAUGAUGAUGAUGAUGAUGAUUAUUACAACCAUUCUUCUCAUUUUUACACUAAUAAAUACAUUUCUUUAAAUAAUAUUUGCAUGUUUGAUAAAAUGAAAUAUUUAAUCAUCAGCAAAGGAAUCAACGGAAUAACUACCAAAGAAGUUGCAGAUUCCUUAUUCCUUACUGUGAAAAAAACAAACAUUUGUCUUAACAGAUUAGUAAAAAAUAAAGUUAUAAUUAAAGUACCAGAAAGAAAAAAUAAAAAUUUCAUGUACAGAUUUUUUGAUAUUAAAAUAUAUGAAUAUAUACAAAAAACAAAACAACUCCUUCCCUUAACCCGUGAAAAUAAUGGGAACCCUCCUGAUAAUAAAAAAAAAGAAAACAAAAGUAAAAUUAAUAUAAUACAUAGUGAUACAAUAAUUAAUAAUAUAAAAAAUAAUAAAUAUAACAAUGAUGAUUAUUUUUUUGUAAAUGAAAAUGAAAAAAUAAUACAGUCAAAAGAUUAUACACAUAUUAAUAUGCCAAAUAAUAAUAAAGAAUAUAUAUUAUUAAAUCGUUCAAGUAAUAUAUCAAAUAAUGACAAUUUAUAUAAAAAUGAAUUAUGUGAUAUACAAAAUAAUGAAGAUAAUAAAAAUAAUUUUAAUACUAUACAUUUUAAAAAAUUAAAUGAAUCUCUUAAUGUUUUAAGUUUUAUUCAUACUGUAAAUAAAAUUGACAUGGAUAUAUUAAAUUAUGUGAUACCUAAAGAAAAACAUUUUAGUGAUUCGUAUGAUAAUUAUUAUGAUUUCUUUCAAUCAUAUGUAGAUCAUUUUAAAAAUUUCGAAGAUAAAUAUGAUUUAUAUACAUGUAGUUUUCAUCUCUUUUAUUAUUUAAAGUUUUUAUUAAAAAGAAAUACAAAAGAAAAAAUUAUAAAGAACAAAAAAAAAAAUAAUAUGAACAAUUUUAAUAAUAAUAAUAAUAAUAAUACAUAUUAUAUACAACAUGUUGAACAUUGUGAUGAAAAUAUCAACUUUAUAAAAUAUUUAAUGGAAGAUACCAAAAAAUUAAAAAGUAAUUUAUUUAUUAAACGAUUGUUUUUGUUUUGUCAUUUCUUAAUUUGUUCAAAAAUUGUAACAUUUAGAUUUAUUCAAGAUUUAUUUCUUAAGAUUGAAAAUAAUGGAAGAAUGAUUGAUCGUAAAUCUGUUCAAAGACUUUAUGAUUAUUCUUUAAAAAUAAAUGAAUCUUUUAAAAAAUAUAAAAUACCUUCAACCAAAGUUGUAAAAUAUAUUUUUUACGAUUCAUAUGUAUUAAAUGAACAGGAAGCAAAUAAAUUUUAUAUGAAAUAUCAUCAAGAGUAUAUUCAAUUUAUAUAUAAAUAUUAUACAAACAAUAAAAAUAAUAAGGACCAUAUGGAAUAUUAUGAUAUAUCAUCUAUACAAAAUGAAAAUAUUAAAAAGGAAGACACAAAUAUGCAAAUGUCAAACAAAAAUGUAAUAAAUGAUAAUAAUCUUGAAACACAAAUUGUUAAGAAUCAAAAUAUUACCUUUACAAAUAAUAUAUAUGAUCAUAAUAAAUAUAAAGAAUAUAAAACAAUAGAUAAUUCAUCACAUAAUAAUAAUAAUAUAAUGAAUGAGAAUAACAUGAACAAUACAGGUAAUAUGGAUAUCCCUAAUAAUAAGAGAAAAAAUAUGGAUAUAAUGAAUGAACCGUUAAAUUAUAAAAGGAAUAAAGUAUUACAAAUGGGUGAUGAUAAAAAAGAAAAUGAAAUAAUAUCAUCAGGACAUAUAAAUAAUAAUAUUAUCAAUAAUAAUAAUAAUAAUAAUACUUAUAGUUUUAAUCAGAGUGGCUGUGGUUUGUCUAAUAAUUCAGAACACUGCAAUGUGUUAUAUAUCGAUAUUCUAAACGAAUCAGCAUUUAAUGUUAAAGAAAAGAAUAUAAAUAAUAAUAAAUAUACAAAAGAUAAUAAAAAUAUUUUUCAAAAUUUUAAAACAACACAAGAAUUAUCAUAUAGUAUUAAUUAUUUUAACGGAUUUAUGUUUUCAAAAAUGGCAAGAUAUAAAUAUUUCCAUAAAUGUUUAAUAAGAUUAUUAAAAGAAAAAAUGAAAAAAGAAAAAAAAAAAAAUCAAACAUGUAAAAAGAAGAAUAAUAAUAAUAUACAGAUUAACAAAAUAUAUAAUAAAUAUAUGAAUUAUAUAUCUUAUAAUGCUCUCUCAAUUAAAUAUAUUGUAAAAAAUCUUUAUCUUGAUGAUUAUCUAAAAAUUAUAAGUAUAGGUUGUAAAUUGAAUUAUAUUGAAAAUUAUCUAUUGAAUAAUAAUAAUAAUAAUAAAAAAAAAAAAAAAAAAAAACUCAAGCAGUUACCUAAACCCCUUUUUGAAUUUUUAACUUCUUAUUCUUUAUUUAGUUGUGAUAAAAAGGAUAUGAUUAAUAAUUUUUUAUCAACAAGAAAAAAUAAUUAUCAUAAUAUAAAUGAAUUAAAUGUAAAUAAAUUAAAUGUAAAUACAUUAAAUAUACAUGAUAAUGUCUUAUCUAAUCAUAAUAAUGAAAAGAAAAAAAAAAAUGAAUUAUCUGAAUAUGAUAUGAAUGUUAUAAAAAAUAAUGAACAAAUAUGUAUUUUUGUUUUUAUUUAUAGUAAACUUAAAUUUUUACAUAAUAUGAAUUUAAUAAAUAUCAAACAUAAAAAGAAAAAUAUAUCUUAUCAUUCGAAUAGUGAUAUUGCAUUUAAUACAAAAAAUGAUGAUUUAAAUAUUUCAUUUAUAGAUUUGAAGAAAAAUAAUUUAAAUAUUUAUAUCAAAAAAAAUGUAACCAUUAAUAUUUUUUCACCUAUAAAAAUUAAAUAUGCAUAUUACAACAUGAUGACAUAUAACAACUUUGAGCAAUACUACUACGAUUUAUAUCUGUGCGUUGAAAAGUUUAAAAAGUUUCUUAACGAUGUGUGCAUGAAAUACUCAACAGGAGGAAAACCCAAAAUACAAGAUAUCAUUAAUAUUUGUAAAUUUAAAAAUAAAAGUUUUAAAUUUCUUAUUUUACAUAAUACAUACACAAAACAAUUAUAUUUAACUCGAAAGUUUAGACAACUAUUUAUUAAUUUAGUAAGAAAGAAAAAAUUGAAAAAAGAAAUAUCUAAAGUAAAACUUAUCAAAAUUAUAAAAUCAUGUAAAGAAUAUAAUACAUUUAAAGAUUCUUAUAAUUUAUCAAAAAUUAAUUUAAGAAAAUAUGUAUCCAUAUUUCAUAAUCUUUAUAAUAAUACAGAUCAAGAAACACAACAAAAAGAAAAAUAUUAUCAAGAAGAAUGUGAUAAAGAAAAAUAUUAUAAUGAUAAAAAAUUUGAAUAUAAUACAUUCAUAUCAUCCACUUUAAUAAAUAGAGAUAUAUCUUUCUUAUGCCCUUUUUGUAAUGAUAUCUUUUUUUUAAAAAAUGAUUUAUUAAGUCAUAUUACAAAUAUUCAUAAUAUAAAUAAAAAUUUUUCAGAUAUCAUAAAUUUUUUUUCAAAGUCAAAUCAAUUAAUACAUAAAAAAUUAAGUCAUUUUCUAAAAUAUAAAAAUAGGCUUAAUAAUUAUUCAAAUAAUCUUUUACACUAUUAUAAUAUAAAUGAAGAAUAUAAAAAAAAAAAAAUUCAUAUAUAUGACAAUCAAAUAAAAGAUAAUGAAACAAAUAUAGUAAUCCCAUUAACACAUCAACAUUCUAAUAAUGACAAUCAUAUGUUUGAAAAUAAACAUAAUUUAUCAAAAAAUGAAAUCAUUCAUAAAUACUCAAAUGUAGAUAUUUAUAAUAAUGACAAUGAAAUAAAUAAGAUGAAGAAAAAAAAAACAAAAAAAAAAACAAAAAAAAAUAAACAUUUAUAUAUGUAUAAUCUAAUAAAAGAUGAUCAAAAGAAAAAAUGUACUCAAAAUAUUAACAACUUUAAUAAACCUAUUUUGAAUAAACAUUUAAAUUAUUUUUUAGAAAGAAUUAAAAUUAAAUAUACAUUAAGGAUAGUAUAUAUAUAUUUUGUAACAAUCAUGGUUCAAUUAAUCAUGUCACAAAAAAAAUUAAAAAGAAAGAAAAAAAUAAAUAAAAAGAAAAAGGUAAAACACGUAAGACACGUAAAACACGUAAAACACGUAAAACACGUAAGACACAUUAAAAAUAUAAAACAUUAUCACAAUUUGAAUAAUCCAUGUAACGUUUCAAAAAAAAAUCAAAUUAUUAAAAAUAAUAAUAAAAUAAAGUUCAAGGUGAAAAAAAAAAGAUAUUGUGAAAAUCAUGAAAAAAAAAUAAUAUCACAUAAUACACUUCAACCUUAUAAUAAGAUGAAUAAUUGUGUAUCAUUAAAAAGAUGUGUCAAAAAUAAUAAAAACACUUUUAUAGAAUACAAAUUAAAAAACUUUCAAUUAAUGCAUUUUUUAAAAAACAAAACGAAUUCUAUACCAUAUAAAAAAAGUAUAUGGAAUGUAGUAAAUCAAAUGUUGGUUGGAAAAUUUAAAUAUAAUAUAUGUAUGUUUAUUCAAAAAAAUUUAUUUCAUUAUUUUAAAACAAAUUUGGUUCCCUAUUUUUUUUUAUUAUCAAAUGAACAUUUAUCAAGAUGUAUAAUAAAUUACUUCUGCACAAAUAUUUAUAAUUGUAGUUAUAGUAAUAUAAAUUAUUAUUAUUCUAAAUAUAUAAAGAAUAUAUUUCAUUUUAAAUUUAUAACACUUGUAAAUGUAAUAAAAUUGUUAAUAAUUAAUUAUGGAGAAGUAUUUAUAUUAUAUAAAGAAAUAAUAAAGUCCUUAUUUUAUUACAAAAUUAAAGAUAUCUUAAAUGUUAUAAAAUAUAUACAGAAGAGAAAUUAUAUAGUUGAUACAUCUUAUGUUUUGUCUAAUUAUAUAACUACACAACUUAUUUAUGAUAAUAUUUUUUCAAACUUUUUAUAUAAAUCAUUAUUUUAUAAAAAAAAAUUAUCUCUCUUUAUUAAAAAAAGUUAUUUUGACAAUAUAAUUGAUAUUAUGUAUUUGUAUGGUGUAUCACAGGCACAUGAUUUGUUCAAAACAAAUCACCAUCAUAAUGAAAAUAAUAAUAUUUAUAAUAAUGAAAAUAAUAAUAUUUAUAAUAAUGUUUAUAAUAGUUGUGAUAACCAUUAUGAUGAUGAUGAUGAAAAAAAAAAAGGAAAAAGGAAAAAUAUUUGUUAUCAUAUAAACGAUAUGAUAAAAUGUAUAAAUAAUUCAUACAUUGAAGAAGAACUAAAGGAAGAAAACAAUAAGGAUAUAUACCACACUAGUAUGAAUAAUUAUGAUAAUUAUAACAAUUAUGAUAAUAAUUUAUUAGAUGAACAUGUAAAUAACUUAGAUGAAGAUUAUUAUACACAUUCGAAUAUGAUAUGUGAAAAACAUUAUUUUUAUAAAAAAUUAAAUAUAUUUCAUGUAAAUUAUUAUAUUAAAAAUUUUUUGAAUGGAAAUAUUAUUUUAUACGCAUGUAAUAAUUAUAUUAUUUCGGAUGAUGAAAAAAAAGAAAAUAUUCAAAAUGAUGAUAUAAGUAUUUAUCAACAUGAACAAAUAAAUAAUAAUCAAAGGAUGUAUUCUCAUUCUAUUAAUGAUGAAGAACUUUUUAAUAAUAGUAAUGAUAAAUCUUCAAGUUAUAAUUCUUCAAGUAUUCAAGAUUCUGAUAUUUUUGAUCAACUCUCAGAUGAUUAUGAAAUUAUUAAAUUAUUAGAACAUGACAAUAAUGAAAAAAAUAAAAAAUUACAAGGAGGUAUAAGUCAACAUAUUAAUUAUUUAACAAAACAUGUAAGUGAAUAUUUUCCAAAUUAUUAUAUUGUAAAUCAUUUCAAAAAAAGCCAACUAGCCAAAAAACUUUCUCACAUUUUUUCAUCAAAUAAUAAUAUAUUAAAUCAGAACAACCAAUAUCAUAUAUCACAUAAUAAUAAUAAUAUGUUUAAUUUUGAUUAUUACUAUGAUGGUAAAUAUUUAAAUAAUCCUUUAUUCAGAUAUUUUAAAAAGUAUUGUUUAUAUAUCUAUCAAAAUAGCAAUUGUGAUAAUACAGAUAUAUAUAAAUCCAGUGACACAUCCAAACGGUUCAAUAAUUCACACAUAUUAUCACUUCAAAUUAAUAAUAAUAAUAAUAAUAAUAUAUAUAAUAUAUAUAAUAAGAAAAAAAAUAAUAAUUCUGUUAAUUUUACAAAAAUUUUUAAAAAAUAUUUAGAUUCUAUUAAUAUAAAAGAUAUAAAUAAUAUAUACAAUAAAAAUGAUAUAUUAUUAUAUAAUAUAAGCAAAAAAACAUUUAUUGAUUUUGAUAUCUAUCCACAAAAUUUACACUUAUAUAAUAUUGCUUAUAUAUCCAAUAUACAUAAAAACCUGACACAUUUAUUGAAUAUACAAAUUGGUAAUAUGAAAAAUAAUGUCUUUUGGCUAGAAAAAAAAAAAAAUAUAAUAAAUAAUAAAAAAAAAAAUAAAAAUAAUAAUAAUAAAAUAAAUAAUAAAAGAACAAAUAAUAAAAGAACAAAUAAAUAUACCAGAACAACAAAUAUUCAUUUUUCUAUUGUUCAACAAGAUAAUAAUGUAAUGAAUGAAAAUAAUAUAUUACACCAUCAACAUGAUAACAUAUUAAAUAAAAAUAUUACCAAUUCAUGUGAAUCAUCAGAAGAUAAAAAGAAAAAAAAGAAUAUUAAAAAUAUACAGGACAAAAACUUCAUAAUUGAUAAAAAAAAUUGUAAUAAUAAAAACAAAUUUGUAAGAAAGGUUCAUGUGAGGGAAAAAAAAUAUACAAAUAAUCAUCAUAUAUAUAAAGAUUCAUAUAUUUUUGUUACUCACAUUUUAUAUAUGGUCUUUUAUUUAAAUAACAUUCUGAAUGAUUAUGAUGAAUAUGGUAAUUAUAAAAAUGUGUCAACAGAAGAAGGAACAGAAGGAAUCAUCCAAAUAAAAAAUAAUAAAAGUGAUAGAAAUGAUAAAACCUUAUCACAGAGAAUAAAUGAAAUGUAUAAUAAUCAAAAAAAUAUAAAUUCUAUAAAUAAAUUUUAUAAAGAUGAUGAAAUAAGGCAAAAUAAUAAUUCUUCUAAUUAUAAUAACAAUGAGAAAUGGAGACAUUCAAAUGAUAAUUAUAAUAUAGUAUAUAAUAUACAAAAAGAUAAUGAUGAUAUAUUAUCACAUGGACAAAAAUGUGAUCAUAAUAUACUUUAUAUUAACAACAAUUCAGUUGUAUAUAACCAUAUUGUAAAUAAAAUGAUAUUCAUUUAUUUAUGUGUUAAGAAAAAAAAAAAAGAAGGAAUGUUUAUUGAUAGUUUAAAAGAAAUGUAUUUAAAAAAAUUUAUGGUAAUUAUUAAUAAAUGUUAUAAUAAAAACAAUUAUGUAUCUGUAAAAAGAGAAUAUGAUUUUAUACUUUUCUUAUUAAGUAAAUUAAAUGUGAUAAAAAUAAUGUCAUUUAUGAAUACACACAAAAUAUUUCUAGCAAAAUAUCAUAAUUAUAAUUCAUAUAAAAGAAAAAAUAUUUUUUAUCAACAUAAUUAUAAGUAUCCUUUUUUAAAUAUGAUAAGUGUAUAUUUAAAAAAUUACAAAUUCAAUUUUCAGGAAUAUACAGAUAAAACAACAAAUAAAUUCAAAAGGUUUAUAACGAAAAAUAAAAUGAUAAAUUAUUUAAAUAUAAUACCAAGAGAUAUUCAUAAUAAUAUACACAAUAAUAUAGAUGAUAAUAAUAAUAAUAAUAAUAAUAAUAAUUAUAACAAUUUGGAAUCGUUAAUUUUUCAGGACAAAUCUAAUAAAAAAUAUCUACAACAAAAAAUUAAGUAUCAUACUAAUGAUAUCAAUUAUGCAGAUUAUUUAUUUAUAAAUUUUAUAAAUAAUAAUACGCUAUAUAAGCCAAAAUUCAUACCUAAAUUAAUUCAUUUGUUUAAUAUACAAUGUUAUAUUAUAAUACAUGAUUUUCUUUUCAGUUAUUUUUUACAAUGUGGUAAUCAUAUAUGUAAAAAAAGCAAAGAAAAAGAAAAAGAAAUAGAAAAAGAAAUAGAAAAUGAAAAAGAAAUAGAAAAUGAAAAAGAAAUAGAAAAAGAAAUAGAAAAAGAAAUACAUACACAUACAUAUACAUAUACACAUACAUAUACAUAUACACAUACAUAUACACAUGCACAAAAUUUGGAUGAUAUAUCAAGUUGCCAAUACAACCUCUUUGAAAACCCAAUAGCAAAAAAAUUAUUAUAUAUGAUACAAUUUAAAACAUACCCACAGGUUAUUAAAUAUAUCAAGAAGAUUAUUAAUAGAGCUUGCAAACAUCUAGAAUAUUCUAUUUAUUUAUAUUACAAAAAUUAUGAACAAUCCAUACAUACAACAAAAUAUAUAAACAAAGAAACAAAAAAAAAAACUAUAUAUAUAUAUUAUUUUAAAGAUAAUUAUAUAAAUGCGAAUACAUUUAAUUAUAUAAAUGGCAGUAUAAAUGUGAAAUUUAUUUUUUUUUAUAUUCUCAAAAUAUUUUUCUACUUAAAAAAUAAUCCCUACAGUACUAUAUUUGACAUUUAUAAAAGUGUUGAACUUAUAAAUUUUUGUGAUCUGAACCUUCUAUUAAAAUCCAUGUGUCAAGAUAAAUUUAUCAAGUUCUCUUUAAUGUAUGUAUCUAGAAACAGUCAAAUGUACAAGUUGAAGAAAAAUUAUAAAAUCAUAAAUAUUUUUAACAACAUUAUAUCAAAUAAGAAAAUAAAAGAAAGAGAGAAAAAAGAAGAGUCUUACAACUUUUUUGAUACUACAAGUUUUGAAGAUGAAACAGACAAUUAUUCAACAGAUCAUUGUAUACAAAAUGAUACUUAUUUGAUCAAUAUUAAUAAUAAUGAUAAAAAUGAUGAUAAAAGUAAUGAUAAAAGUAAUGAUAAAAGUAAUGAUAAAAGUAAUGAGGAUGGUCUUAUAUUAAAUAAUAAAUGUACAUAUAACAAAAAGGAGAAAACAAAUUAUAAAUAUAAAAAGUUUAUAAAAAAAAUGUUGUAUAAAAAAAUAAAAUUAUAUUAUGUUCAAGAUGAAAAUGUUAUUUUUAAUAAAUUUGAAGGAACCUUCUGGAAUUAA